AUGAGCAGCACAGCGCGGCCUCGCUGCGGUGGGGCGGGCGUCGGGAUGUUCGCGGACGACGUGCAGUCGGAUGGGUUGCCGAAUGGGGCACUUCAGCCUGCAGGACCCACCUGGAAUUCGGCGGCGCUCCUGGUGCUGAACGGGGGCUCUAUGCUGAUGACCGCGACCCCGAGUGCGCUCGGCGCAGACUCCGAGCCGUGGGAGUUCUUUCACCAGGGGGUCAUCCGCCACACGGACUUCGGCGACCAGUUGGAGUGGAGCGACCUCCAGGGCAGCGGCGGUUGGCGCCUCUUCUCGCAGCUGACGGCCACGGCACUGAUGAAGAACCAAGCUCUGUUGGUACGGCUGAUGGAGCAGUGGCGCCGUAGGGCUGAGAUCCAUGAGGCACGCCGCGCUCGGCUUCAGCUUCGAGCCGAGGCAGCCUCCGUGGUGGUUGCGACUGCGGCCGAGGACACGGAGCAAUUGCUGAUCUUCGGUCCCGUGAGGAAUCAGGCUGCCCCGACGACCCCGGGCACGGUGCCAGGCGACGAGGGCCCAUUCAGCUUCCAGAUCCACGACGGUCAGGGCGUCGACGAGGUGCACGCCGACCACGGUGGUCGCCACGCCUACGACGACCACGACAUCGAGACCACCGUUGGCCAGGACGCCCGGAGUAAUGUCCAGGAUGGCCGAGGCGCCCAAGGCGGCCAAGACGGCGCCCAUCCUGGCACCCACGAUGAUCAGGACAUCCAGCACAGCAUCCACCACGGCAUCCUCGACGUCCAGGACGAUACAGGUGUCCAUGACACCCACUGCGGCAUCCACGAGGUCCAGGAGCAGCACGACGAGGACCAGCAGAGGCAGGACCACGUCGAGGAGCAGCUCUCCGACGAGCCUCGUGACGAGGACCGCAAGCAGCAUGACCGCACGCCGCACCACGGUGAGCUGAAGUUCGACACGGGCGCCCAGGACUGGGGCCAGCAGCACGGCGCCCACGACGAUCACGACCUCGAAAUGAGCCACCAUGAUUCCCACGUCGGCAGCACCAUCGCCAUCACCCUCGCCAGCACUGGUACUCCCACCUCCGACCUGCGCCAGCAGCAACUCCCCGGGGCGAGCUCGGGGCUAUUGCCGAGAAUUUCGGCCGCGUUGGGAGGGCACUCCGUCGUCGGCAUGCUGCUAGACGCCCACGACAACCAAUAUUACCACAACCACGACAGCCGCAACAUCCAGGACGUGCACGACGUCGAGCAGCAGCUUGACACGGACAGCCAGGAACGGGUCAAACACCACGUCGACGAGCAACACGACGAGGACUUGCAGCAGCAGAAAUGGCCGCACGACGGCGACCAGCACCAGAACUCGGACAACCAGGUAUGGGACCGGCACGGUGAGAAGCAGCGCGAUGAGGACCAGGAGCAGCAGGACUUCAAGCCGCGCGACGGCGAGCAGCAGCGCGACUCGGACAUCCUCAAGUGGGACCCGACCCACGUCGAGAAGCAGCGCGACGAGGACCGGCAGCAGCUGGACCUCACGCCGCUCGACGGCGAGCACCAGCUCGACACGGACAUCCAAGAAUGGGCCCAGAUCCACGUCGAUGAACAGCGCGACGAGAACAGUCAGCAGCAUGACCGCAACCUGCGCGACGGUGAACAGCAGCUCGUCACAGACAGCCAGGAACGCGACCAAAUGCACUUCGAGGAGCACGACAACCGAAACCAGCAGCAGCAGCAGCAGCAGCAGCAGCAGAGCCGUCUCACCCAUCAGCACCAGCAGGAUGUGCGGAAGCCCGCGACAGGAGGCUUGCAGAUCUUCGUGAAGAUACCGGGCCGGAAGUCCAUCUGCUUGGAUGUCCUGGCGGACGGCAUGGUCGAUUCCAUCAUGAGCGCGAUCCAGGACAAGGAAGGCAUCCAGACAGACCAACAACGUCUGACCUACGCUGGAAAGCUGAUGGAGCCCGGGCGCGCGCUCUCGACCUACAAUGUCGGGAACGAGGCCACAGUGUACCUGCAGCUCAGGCAGGUGAGGCUCCUCGGGGGCAUGGACAGCGAAGGAGUCGCUAGGCCCGUUCGCGCUGCGCCUGCUGGCGCGGACGUGUCCGCCCUUGCUUUCAACGAGCUGCUGGAGGCGGAGGUGCUCAAGCACUUUGAGGUGAUUCAGGCGCAGGUUGCUGUGCAGGGCGAGCUGGAAGCCAUGGGCUUCACGCCGCAUGCCAACGACCCGUGGCGCCGCAUCGGUGUCCCUAUUGUUGAAGGUCCGCAGCCCUCCGCUGCGGGGAUCGAGCGGCGGUGGGAGAUCGCGCGCCUGCUCUUCUCGUGCGCCGACUCACCUGCAUGGGACUCCGCGGAACGGGACACGGCUUACGCGGCCAAGGCUGCCAAGAAGGAGGCGGUGGACGUCUGCCUACAACGGCUGCCCCAAAUACUUGGGGACAGGCUGCGCCUCCGCAGUUCUGGACUGCCGCAGCGGCAGGAAUUGGGCCACGUCGCCCUCGACCACAUCCUGCAGACCGCGGCCUCCCAGAACGAGGUGGUGGCUACACAGCUCUCUGCGGUUUUACCCUCACUGUCGACAUCGCCGUCGGUGCUGGAGUCAUCGGAGGCCAGGCUCUUGACGCAGCGCGCCUUCAAGGGGGAGGGCGUGUUCCAGAACGCGGCCUGGGACAGUCUUGUCCUGUGGGCCCCAAAGGACGCCUCGGCUCUGGGCCGGAUGCUGACGAGAUGUGCGCAGUCCCCAGGGUCGCGAGUGGAGAGGCUGGCCCUGCGACUGCUUGUGCCCAUGGAGCUGUAUCCUGGCUGCGACACGGUGGAAAGCAUGCGAGACCUCUUCUGGCACUCCCUCUUGGGCGACAAAUGGGUGUCUUGGGUGCGAGCGAUGUCCUUCAUCUCCUACCCGCUGGAGGUGGCGUUGGACGGCCAGGGCGCUCCCCGCGUCGCCCGCCAAGGCUUGCUGGUCGUCACCGUCUCCAUGUCCAUGGCCCGCUCGCCCCCUGCGCUGAUCCGCGUGGCCGAUCCGCUUCUCACGACGGUGGGCUCCCAGUGCCUUGUCGUGGACUUCCCUGCCAGGGACUUCGUGGCCGUCCGGCGCUUGUUGGAGCAACAUGGGCGGCAUCUGGAAUUGCGCGUGGGCGAGCUCGCACGGAGCCCCGGUUCCACCAGCGACCUCCCGCGGGCCCGCAUUAAGGUGCACUUCCCACAGGCCGUGGUGGCCUUGGACGUUCGUAUCUUCGCGGAUGCGCUCCGGAGCCGACAUUUCCCAGCCACUGUCUACGUGGGUCGCCGGUCGCUGUAUUCGGACUCAUCUUCGCUGCUGGUGGAGCUUCUGGCGCCUGAGAUCUUCUACCACGUGUGGCCUCUUUGCCAGGGGGCCAUUUUCGUGACCGGGAAGCUGGUGGCGGCAUCCACCAACGCAGAGCCAGACGUGUGGCGACCUGUUCUUGAUCAGCUGUUGGCGGAGGACCCCGCAUCAGCGGUGAUGCGCGCGCGGCAUCGCCCCUCCCGCCGCGGAGGGCGCGCAUGGGUAGCGCCCGAGGCCACCUCCAGGCAGCUGGAUGCAACGAGGAGGGCUCGGGAGGCAGGACGGCGUGCACGCGCAGCGGGAACUGCGACCGCGGAGCUGUCAGUCGAAGGGUCGAUGGGCCACAAUCCCAAGGCAGUCAUUGACGGUCUCAUGCAGGUGGUCGCCGCCAAGCUGGGCACCCAGCUGAUGGACGCCUCGCCCUCGGACGCCGUGGAGCUGGGUUCAUGGCGCUGGUUGGCUGCCCAGGACCCUUCUGUUCCCAGCGGUCGGGUCCGGCUCUUCCUUUCAGACCUCGACGCGGUGGCCCAGCUGAUGAACGCAGUCCACGGCCGCGCCAUCCAGCUGGGGGGUGACUUCAUCAGGAUUGCUGUCCACAAAGACCUGUUGGCCCCACUAAUUGAAGUCGUCACCGACCUCGGCCGCGCCCUGUACGUCGCCGAGAUGUCCUUCACCAUGCGGAGGGCUCUUUGCGAGACCAGGGUCGCGUUAGCCGGGCCCUUCACUGGUGACUUCAAGGGCGCCACCUGGAAUGCACAGGCCCUUUUCGCCCGAAGAACGUGCCGCCACCUGUCCAAGGCGAGAUACCUACGCCGACUCGCUGGACAGCAUGAUUUCGCAACCGUCACGGAGUCGCACGGCUCAGAUGGAUCGACCGCUAUCUGGGGCGGCCCCCGGGACUGCCAGUGCCGGUGGUCUCUGGGCACCGCCCGUCGCGCUGGAGUUGGCGUUAUUGUCCGGCGCUCAUUCCUCGAGCUCUUCGACAGUGUUCGGCCAGAAGAUUGGAUUGAAGUAUCUCCAGGCGCUCGCAAUCCUGACGGGGACUUCAACUGGGCCACACAGGCGACCGACCGGACCUCAACCGGCACGGGAGACAGCGCUGGGGCCCGCGACGCUGCGGAGGAACGUCAGUGGCAGCGGGCGGCGCAGGCGCCCUUCCGCUUCCAUGAGCUCCACCAGGAGGCGCCGACGCACGCAUCGGCAUCUGCAAGGUCUCGUCUGGACCGGGCGUACGUAAAUUUCGACGCCAGCGACCAGCUGGACAAGCAGCUGGGGUGUGCUGCGCUGGAGUGGGCCCCGCGGCGAACCGCCCACCGAGCUUUGUCCUUCUUCCGGAGGAGCCCGGUCCACGGACUUGACGACAUGCGCCCAAUUGCAGCCGAGAUCGUGCGGCAGGAGUCUUGGCCCGAGCGGGUCAUGUUGGAGUUCGACGACUUGCGAGCCUCCGACCCGGACGCGCACCAGCCGAUCCGGAUGCUGCUCUUGCUGAUGCGCGCCACCCGCGCAGUCUCGGACAGGAUGGGCGCGGAGCUCAGGAGGCAGGCGCCGGAUCCCGCGCAGCUGGACGACAAGGUGGGGUGGGCGAUGCGUUUUAUCCGUGCUGCAGAGGGCCGCCGUGUGGGCGCGAUGCGGCGGUGUCUGGCUGCAUACCCGCCCCUCGCCGACUUGGUUCCCGAUCCGCUUUCGGAAGCUCUGCGCUCCCACGACGGGUUGCGGCCAUUCCGCCAACGCGCUGUCGACCUGGCAAGGGGCGCCGCCGUUGCGGACCUCCAGGCGCUCAACGCGGACCUCCGUGACCUCUCGGACGAUGCUGCCCGAAUUCGUAGAGGGCGGAUUCAGGUCCGCCUGCAGAAGCUACGGCCGGGGCGGGCUGGAGCGCUGAACGCUGUGCGCGCGCCUGGCGGCACCGUGCAUGCCGACCCAGUGCGCAUGGCUGGGGCCCUGCGCGGCCACUGGGGAAACGUCUUUGGCCCCAGGCGGUGCGACCGAAGAGCGUUGGCCUGGUGGUUGUCCGACGAGCUGCCGCGCGCCGCUGGGGGCGCUGCGCACCCCGGCAUGCCCCCGUCAAGCGAUGCCAGGUGGAAGCUGCAGAGGAGCGACGUGGAGGAGGCCGUCAAAUCAGCAUCGCACUCGGCGCCGGGGCCCGACGGAGCGCCUUUUCUCGCUUGGAAGCGCUUGGGAAGUGUCGCGGUGGACAUAUUGUUCCGCGCUGCUAAUGACAUGUCGGCCGAAGGCCAGCUCGCUGGGGGCGGCAAUUUUUACGAACCCGCGGACACCCACCCCUUGAACAUUGACAACGCCGAGAACCGCAUCCUCGCGAGUGCGGCGCGUUUGCGCGUGGAGCCUCUCUUGGCGGAGUGGAUCACCGAGAUGCAGCAGGGCUCCGUGGUCGGGCGCUCGCUCCUGUCGAACGUCGUCACUGUAGAUCACGAGAUGAUGCGGUGUGCGCUACAAGAGGAGGAAGGUGCCGCGAUAUUAUUUGACUUCCGCGCCGCCUUCCCCAACAUCGCCCACCCGUUUCUGAAGGACGUGCUCUCGCAUCUGAACCUCCCUAAUUGGUUCUUGGCCUUCUUCGACGCCCUCUACCAGGAUAACCGUUGCGAUCUCGUCGUCGGCGGGGCGCGCCAUACAGGCUUUUCGCUGCAGGCGGUGGUCCUGCCUGACGGCCUCCAGCGGCUACCAGAGCUUUCUGUGAUACUCGCGGAGUACGCCGUCAUAUCGGUACUCCAGCUGAACCUCCCCGAAACCGUCUUUGCGCCGCUCUUCCCAGACAGCGCGGCCGACAUGGAGUUUCGAAUCGCGUGGGCCUGCCCCGGCUGGGCCGGCAUGCGGGUUGCUUACCGCGCGAAAUAUUUGGGGUUUUAUCUCGGGCCGGACAGGGGCCACCGCGCUUACGAGGCGCCGCUGAGGAAGUUCCGGGAACGCGCCAAGGCCUGGGGCGAGGUCGGCGCAGGAUUGCUAUACACAUUGACCGCGUACGCCGUCUACGUUCUCCCGGUGCUCGCGUACGUCGCUCAGUUGGACAGCCCCCCGGACAAUUGGAAAGAAAUUGAGGUGGAAGCCUUCCGGCGACUCCUCCCAGGUCCUGCCGAGUGGUGCCAGCCUGAGGAUUUGCAGUGCCUUCGCCAUCUCGGGUUCCCAAAGGAGCUUCCCGACUUACGUGCAGUGGCGACGGCUGCGCAGUGCAGGGUGGCGCACCUGGAGGCGCCCAGCCAGGGCGGCCUCCGCGCGACGGCGCGAGCUGGAGAACUGCGGCGAUGGCGCGCCGACUGCGACGACAUCAUGCGUGCGAUUCGCUGGUCCGACUGGUUCGGCCGCUCCUUUGCGGCCCAGUUGGCGUCCGCCCUCGCGCUCGCCGAGAACACCGGCGCCACUCCAGCAGCAAUCGAAUGCCGCCUAUCAAACGGAUCACCGAGACCUUUCCCGAGGCUGGUCGACACGGCAGUCCGCAGAGGUUUCCAGCGGGAGGUGCGUCAGAUGGCGCGGCCAGACCCG